GAGCACUCGGUUAUAUCUUCACGGCGCACGUCGACGAUACGUCUUCGCGAUCCCAACCGGACGAUCUGCGUGUCGUUGAUCCGUUUGCAUACGGCCGACGGGGCGUCGUGGAUCUCGCGAAAGGGUCACAAUGGCUACCGCACAAUUGAACAGAACCAGGACCGUAAAGAAGCUCGAAAAACCACGGCCGCUUAAGCUUAAUCAGCGCAACUCGACCGUCGAUGGGCGGAUCACGACUGUAGAGGAUAUAGUGUCCUUAAUCGACAAUGUUGCGAUGCAACUGACCAAUGGCUUUCAUGACCGAACGCUGCAAAUGAAUGUGAUUUCUAUGUGUAGUCAUCUGAAACUCUACGCCAAUCAAUUAGAAGCUAUUUACAAAGAUCAGCUGGACCGAGCCUUUGUGGCGAUCAGAAAUGGGAGCCAGGACGAUAGAUUAGAUCUGACGACCAGGGUUCAUCUGCUGGAACUUAUUGAGCUGCGAGCGAAACAAUGGCGUCACACUGACUCGAUGGACGUAUACUACAUGCAGAAGUUGUCGCAUCUAGAUAAUACCGAGACGAUACCCGAUACACCUACGAACUCUUUAUCAUCCCCUUUGUUGACAAUGACUUCAUCUACUUCGGCACCGAUUCUCGGGCCUGGUGAAGUGAUCAAGAAUAGUGGAAAGUUUGCGAAGCCUACGCGCAUACCGGGGAAGAACUAUUGCAAAGACGAGGUUGUCAUUCGCAACAGCGACUCGGGAAAAGUGAUGGGAAUAAAAGGGCGGCGGGUUCACAUGAUAGAAGAGCUCAGCCAGACGAUCAUCUCCUUCCAGCGAGUAAACCCUGGAGCUAAAGAACGACUUGUCCAAAUCACGGGAACGUCCGAGGACAAGAUUCAUUAUGCGAAGGAUUUAAUCAAAGAUACGAUACAACGAAAUGCAUCGCCGGUGAGACUGGAGCAGAGCCCCGGCGGCGAAAAGGGGGCUAUGGGUGGUUCCAGCUCCUCCCUCAACAGUAGCGCAUCGGACGAGAGCAAUCGGCUGCAGCAAAAUCAACAGCAACACAACAACUCUCGUCUGCGUUCGUCUCUCCUGCACAGUUUCUCCACCAACGACGCCAGCAUAGGCGAAUACAAGUAUACCGUCACCGUCGGUAACCAGUCCCUUAAAAUCACGGGCUGCAAUCUCGACCUCGUCAGGACGGCGAAACUGGUGUUGGACGAACAUUUCCUGGGCGAUUCUGAGAAUUUUACCAGCGGGAUAGAAUACUUCAAUUACGAGGACGAGCCCAGCUUCGCCAUAACUAACACCUCUACCCCCAAUGUUCUCCGCACGCCGUUGUCACCAUUAGACAACGUUAACGCUUCUGCUUCUUUAGGCCGAGAAUUAAGUGUGGAUAGCGCUGCGACCUCUUCGGAGAGCGAAGAAACCUACAAGCCUCGUCCGAUUUCCGAAGAGCGAUGCUCGACUCAACAAGUUCCAGAAGCGAGAGAACUUACAUAUGAGUUUCUGCUGCUGUGCGCGUCGGGUCCGUACGCGAAACGGCCCCCCGCCGACUGGACGCGCAUACAGAAGGAAUGUCCCAAUAUAGUUCGUAAGGCACCGAUUCGCUGGUUCGAACCGGAAGCGUACAAAGCCAAGCUAGCAGCUGCUGGUCCCGUUGCGAUAUUACCGAUUGGCGAAGCGGAAACCGAUCCCGAGUGAGGCCGGAGGUUAAAUCUAUCGCCUUCCUCUCCCACCUUGGUGAUGAGAAAUUUUCAGAGAACGACGUGUAUGUGUGUGUGUGUAUGGGUGUGGGUGUGUGUGUGUGUGUGUGUGUGGUGUGUGCUGUAGCAUCUUGUCGGUCGUAACAAGAUUCCGGCGUGUUUUGUUUUCAUAUGUUCUUAGAAAAAAAAGAAGAUACUUUCCAUCAAAGAAAAGGAGAGAUGGAAUAUACGUCAAAGAAUUUCAUUGACAAUAUCUCAAGGAAAAUAUAUAUCUUCGCCAAGCAUUUUAAAAUGCAAAUCAUCGAACACUUCAUGCAAUUGACCGGCUAGUCAUUAGAAUGAAAAAUGUUAUAUUUAUUCAACGAAAAA